GGGAGGCCCCACCUCGAAUGCUGGGAGUGAGGGGGGGGUCGGUCUCUUCUCCCAGGUUACUAGUGAUAGAGGAAAUGGCCUCAAGCUGUGUCAGGGGAGGUUUAGGUUGGAUAUGAGGCAACAUUACUGACAGAGUGGUCAGACCCUGGCACAGGCUGUCCAGAGAGGUGGGGGAGUCACCAUCCCUGGGGGUGUUCAAAAAAUGUGCAGACGUGGCACUUGGGGAUGUGGUUUAGGAGGCCUGGGGGCGUUGGGUUGGUGGCUGGACUUGGUGAUCUUACAAGUCUUUUUCAACCUUAAUGAUUCUAUGAUUGGUUCAGCACAGAAGACAUCAUGUCUUAGUCUCUCUUAAAAGACUGACUUCCACAGUCCACUUUAGUAAAGGUGCAGUGGUCCUGGGAGGUAACAAUCUGGCCAGACAACAGGUGAAACUCUACUAAAUGUAAAAUGAAAGCCUAACUAAAAAAAAAAAAGUUAAAUUUGAGCCUUGGUUUCACCUGUUUCAGGGCAAGUGUUUGUGGUUGCACUUUAAAUAGUAUUCUGGUUGACCUCUGUUCUCCUUUUAGAGUGGGAGAGUCUAAUUACAGGGAAGGGAAAGCAGUAAAAUUAGUGUUAGGCUGUUGUGUGGUCAGUCAGCUACUUGAGCUCUGUUACACUAGGCUGUUACUUGAGGCUCUGCAAGCUUGCUGCAAAGAUGUCACGGGUGAGAAUUCCAGGUAGGUCUGAAAGCAAGUAGUGAGAGAAGGAGCCACAGGGCAGGCUUGUGAGCCGGCAGGCUUGUGAGCCUGCAGCCUCUGAGAUUUUGAUGGUGUGGGAUCUUCCUAAUCCAGGGGACCUUGCUGGGGGCUUUGAGCAUUUUUCUUCCUGCUUGGAGACAUUUUUGGAUAGUGCAGCAAAGAAAUAGCAUUACUGUUUACAUCUUGUUCUGCACAUACUGAAGAAAAACAUUUUCCCUUCUGCAUUGUAAUGGAUCCUGUGAAUGUAUCCUGUGGUGAUGCUAUUAACUCACUGUGGAAGGGGUCAGAGGGAAUUCAGGUGUCUCUGGUCAACCUGGCUAAGCUUGGAAGAUGUGGGGUGCUGCAGUCCCAAGGGGAUGGGGAACACAAGCAGGGGGAGCAGCAGGAGUAGGGCCAGCCAGGCUUCGCAGAAUAGUCCAGAGGGACAUGUACUCAUCAGAGUCCUGAAGAAUAUCAGCACCAAACAGUUCUGAUAAGAGCAUGUUUAGAAUUUCAGCGCUGUGUGGUGUGAUAGACACUGUCCUAGUACAUGAAGCUAGUAUUAAAACCUGGCCCUGCAACAUCAGUGGGAGUUUGUUGACCUUCAUGAGUGUAAUUUCCAUCUGCUAAAGAGAUGAAAGGUCAAACUAGGCAUUUUUGGGAUGCUUAGUUUGCAAAUGAAUACGUGGAGUUCAAAUGCCAGGAGAGUAUGUUCUGCAGGCUGGACUUGGGGAAGUCAGCAGCUGGUGACUUGUGAUACCAGAGCUCCAGUCUGAAUUUUCUGGGUCAGAUGGAAAGGGCAUGAGUUGCACCCCCAGAAUGUUGAUGCCUCACUGUAUGAGCAGGAGUGAAGAUCUGUGGAACUGCAGUGUCUCAGGCUGUCUGAUCCUGUUAGAGAGUAAGUGGAGAUGUGACCAUAGGCAGCAGGAGGAUGAAACUAAGCAUCUUUGAAAUGACCAUCCAUCCCAAUCUUCGCCAAGGAUGGCAAGUCACGGACAAAAAGUUGCAAAGCAGCCCAGGUGCUCCGAGUAACUAAAAUAUUUGCUUCCUUGUUCAGGCAGGAGAAUGCUGUUCUGCCCUCUUACGUUGUUCCUAUGCUCUUCUGCAUCCCUGUGGUUGGACGCCAGUGUAGGGAGAGACCUUCGAAGACAGCUCAGUCGUAUCAGAUGGCUGGGUAUCUGUCAGUCGCUUGUAGUGUUGACUGAGGUGAUCUAGGUUCUGGAAGAUGCUGUUCCCCUUGAGCAGCUGCAGGGAAACCCAGAGCAAGGCAGAAGCUCUGCCGAAGAGCCUCAGGUUGGAUGGCAUCUGCACUGUGGUUCACUUACACGCACACCACUGAGGCUGUAUCAUGGAACACUCAACACUGAACUUACAUGUUUAUGUUGUACAAAGUGACAAGUACUGUUCUUUCUUUUGGAAGUGGAAGGCUUUGGCUAGACUCGUACUUUACUAAUCUGUUUUUAAUCACUGAUGUGAUGAUUAGGCAAAAAAGCGUAGAUUUUGAAGGGCUGACUACAUCUGUUUUAAUUUUGUUUCUGUUUUAUCUCAAACAGCAGAAGACAAAGGUGAGUAUUGCUAGGCUUUUUAUAUGCUCUGCUGUGUUACUGCCCAGACAUGAUCAUUGGAAACAAACAGCAGUUACAUGAUCAUGGUGAUCUUUCAGCAGUUUGAGAAGAUGCUAUUUCUCAGCAGUGCCAGCUGUGCCCCUCAGUGUUUCAUGGAAUGGUUCCAGCUUUUUGGUCUUCUGAUAUAUGAAGCUGCUCUUUGUUAAAUAUUGUCCUAGCACCCCUGAGCUCCUGUUUAGGAGAUAAACUUGGUUUUUUAGUGGAGUUCUUUCCUCUGUGGCAGGGAGUGAAUAAUUUUGCAAUUUCCCUUGCACCUAUCCACAUCUUUGUUGGUUGGGGUUUUGUUGUUGUUGUUGUUGUUUUUGGUUUUGUUUGUUUUUUUUUUUAAAUGGAGAUCCAGCCUAAAGUAACAACUUUUGAAUGCGUCCUGCACCUAGUGGAUUUGAUCCAUGAGGGGACAGAUCCAAUGCUUCAUCUCCUUUAUUCAGGUUGAAGUCCACAGUGUGGUGCCCCUGCCCUCUUCUUCCUACUUCAUGUUUGCUGAGGCCUUAUGUGUCAGCAGAAAACAUUUCUUGCUGAGACACCUGUCAUCCCAGAGUCCCUAACAGUGGGCAAUAAUGCAAUAGUGCAAAAACCUGCAUUUUGUCUUCUAAGCAGCAUGUUGGGGGCCAUUGAUGAUACAGCAGCUUUACAACAGCAGGCAACUUUUGUUACUGAAAUUCUGGUUUUGUGACAUUGCACUGCUGAGAAAUGGGCCUAAUGCCAGAAUUUUCCCAUGUGUUUGUAGCUCAGCACAAGCCCUUUUGCCUUACCAUAUAACAGCAGGGAAAGGAAGCCCCUGUGUUAUGCCCCUCCAUUUACCCACAGCUGGGACCUUAGAACUGCAAAUUCAGGGCUACAGGGAUAAACUGGUUUGAUCCCCCAAUACCCUACAGGAAAAAAAAACGGCUAGGCUCAUCACUGAAAAUAUCUUGUAGGUCUGGCACACUUCUGCCAUGCAUGUCAGUUCUUUCUGCUUUGGUCCUCCUCUGCUGACCGUGUCCUGUCUGACAUGUCAAUGGUGUGGUCCAUCUUUCAGCAUCGAUCCUCACUAUGCUUCAUGCUGAGCUGGCAACUGCUGGCAAACCUGCUCAAUUAGUGUCCGUAUGCUGCUAUGCAAAUAUGCACUUCUGAGAGAUGUUGCUAGAAGAUCCCUUAGGUUCUUGUUUUAUGGUAUUUUGUUGGAAGUGGAAGGGCUUUUAACCUUCUUUUUCCUACUUCAUAAAGCUCCAGCCAACUUGUGUCAAUGACAGCUUUCAUAGGGCCAUAUUAGCUGGCACCUUUGCAGCAUGCUGCACAUGAUGGGCUGAGAGGGGUCUAGUCCACACGAUGGUUCCCUAGCUAGGAGCUCUUCAGCUGCACUGUGAUGUCAGGAACUAAGUGCUUGGGCUGCCAGCUCUGUCCAUCUCCAUCUAUACCUCUGUCUUCAUCCUGACCGGAUACCUUGUGGAGCAAGUGGGUCUGGGGCUUCCUAGAGCUGUAAGGGCCCUGCCGAUGUUCCCCUCUUCCCCCCGUGCAUGCUUUCAUAAAUGCCUUUCCCAAGGACUUGCUUCUUUCUGGGCUUUUUUGCACUACUCUUGGACUGUGGGUUAUAUUUACCUUUUCUGGUGUUCUGGGGGUGUCUGGGUAUGUCUCCAAUCCGCUAUGUGUGGCCCAGGCUCUGUGAGCUUGUUGCAAAUUUUGGAGGUGACUCAGAGUCUUCCAGGCAGGAUGGAGGUGUCAUAAGGAAAUGGCGGCUGAGCAUUAAGCUGGCUGCAAGGGGCACCUGCCUGUUAGGGUGGCUGGGAACCAGAUGCCUGUGUGACCCUGCACUCUGCUCCUUCUACUUGCAGAGAUGGAUGAGGCAAUGCGCUCCUUCGCAGAGAAGGUCUUUGCCUCUGAGGUGAAAGAUGAGGAGAUCAGGCAAGAGAUCUCUCCUUUCGAUGUGGAAGAGAUCUGCCCCAUCUCACGCCAGGAAAUGAGAGCACACAUGAUGCUUCAGGAGAGCUCUGUCACAGCAGAAAAGCGGAAGAAGCGCCUGCUCCGCCUGAAGACAAUUGCAUUGGCAGUCCCUGUGGCUCAGAAAUCUAUAACCAGACUGUCUGCUAUUGAUGAGGUCAUCUCUACCUCCCCCCUGUACCAGGCUGUGCCUGACUUCCAGCGGGUACAGAUCACAGGGGAUUAUGCCUCUGGGGUGACAGUUGAGGAUUUUGAAGUUGUCUGCAAAGGCCUGUACCGUGCCCUGUGUAUCCGGGAGAAAUACAUGCAGCAGUCUAUGCAGAGGUUCCCCAGGACCCCGUCUCAAUACCUGCGUGCUAUCGAAGGCGAGGUCUGGAGAGCAAGUGAUAUUGGCCCAGUGUUCACCCCGCCAGUGAAGGAUGGACAGGAUCCCUUUGAAACUGGGAAUCUCGCCGAGGACCUAGGAUACCAUGCCCAGAUGAAGGAUGGGGUAGUUUAUAUCUAUGGAGACAAGGCAGCAGUUGGCAGAAAUGAGCCAAAGGACCUGCCCUACCCCAGCCUCGAGCACUUCGUUGAUGACAUGAACUUCCUCUUGGCCCUGAUUGCACAAGGGCCUGUUAAAACCUAUGCUCAUCGGCGCCUGAAGUUCCUGUCAUCCAAGUUCCAAGUGCAUGAAAUGCUAAAUGAGAUGGAGGAGAUGAAAGAGCUGAAGAACAACCCACACCGGGACUUCUACAACUGCCGGAAGGUGGACACACACAUCCAUGCUGCAGCCUGCAUGAACCAGAAGCAUCUUCUGCGUUUCAUCAAGAAAUCGUACUUUGUGGAUGCUGACCGUGUAGUUUAUGAUGCCAAGGGCAAACAGCUCACCCUGAAACAGCUUUUCCAGCAGCUCAAUCUGCACCCCUAUGACCUGACAGUGGAUUCCCUGGAUGUCCAUGCUGGACGGCAGACGUUUCAGCGCUUUGACAAGUUCAAUGCCAAGUACAACCCUGUGGGUGCCAGUGAGCUGCGUGACCUCUAUCUCAAGACAGAGAACGCUAUCAAUGGCGAGUACUUUGCUACCAUCAUCAAGGAGGUUGGCUCUGAUCUGGAGGAUGCCAAGUACCAGCACGCAGAGCCUCGCCUCUCAAUCUAUGGGCGAUCGGCUGACGAGUGGCCCAAGCUAGCUGGCUGGUUCAACAAACAUCGGGUCUAUUCCCCCAACUUGAAGUGGAUGAUCCAAGUACCCAGGAUUUAUGAUGUGUUCAGGUCUAAGAAUUUCCUCCCACACUUUGGGAAGAUGCUGGAAAAUAUCUUUGUUCCUGUGUUUGAGGCAACUAUCAAUCCUCAAGCCCACAAAGAGCUGAGUGUCUUUCUACGCCAUAUCACUGGCUUCGACAGCGUGGAUGAUGAAUCCAAGCAUAGCGGACACAUGUUCGGCACUAAAAGCCCAAAGCCAGAGCAGUGGACUUCUGAGAAGAACCCAUCCUACACCUACUAUAUAUACUACAUGUAUGCCAACAUCCUGGUGCUUAACAACCUACGCAGGCAGCGUGGUAUGAACACGUUCCUCUUCCGUCCACACUGUGGAGAAGCUGGGGCCAUCACACAUCUGCUUGCAGCCUUCAUGACAGCAGAUAACAUCUCCCACGGUCUCAACCUCAAGAAGAGCCCGGUGUUGCAGUAUCUGUACUUCCUUGCCCAAAUUCCCAUUGCUAUGUCCCCACUCAGCAACAACAGCCUCUUCCUGGAGUAUGCAAAGAAUCCGUUGCCUGACUUCCACCAGAAGGGCCUCAUGGUGUCCCUUUCUACAGAUGACCCCAUGCAGUUUCAUUACACCAAGGAGCCCCUGAUGGAGGAGUAUGCCAUUGCUGCCCAGGUCUUCAAGCUCAGCACCUGUGACAUGUGUGAAAUUGCCAGAAACAGUGUCCUGCAGUGUGGCCUGUCCCAUGAGGAGAAGGCCAAGUUCCUGGGUGAAAACUACCAGGAAGAGGGGCCCCAAGGCAACGAUAUCCGCAAGACAAACGUGGCUCAGAUCCGCAUGGCCUACCGCUACGAGACCUGGUGCUACGAGCUCAACCUCAUCGUCGAGGGCCUGAAAACCGACUAAGGCUUACGUGGACGGAGUUCGGGGCCUGGGGCCGCGGCUGGAAGCAGCGCCCGGGCCGAGCGCGGGCAGGGCCUGCCCCGCCCAGUGCCGUGCGGGGGCUGCGGGCGCGCUCGCGCGGCGGCCGCGCAGUAAAAGCCCUUCUGUGAACAGCAACGUGCGCCCUACGUUGGGGGUGGGGCUGCCGCCUGAGUGACGGC